GUGGUGUGGGCAUGCCCAGUGACGGAUCUGGUUCCGCAUUUCUGGGCUCAGGAACUGGAUCCACGCCCUCCAGCACUGGCAGAUCAGCGCUAGAAUCUCGGCCGUUGAAGUAGGUGGGGCGAUUUCACGCGGCCUCUGCUUCGUUUGAGCAGCCCCUCGCCCCCUGACACCAGCACCGCCGCCGCCGUCCCCAGUGGCAGCCUUGCCGCCAUCUGCACGUGCGUCGCCCUGACCGCCAACCGCCCAUCUCAUCCCCCGCCCGCAUGGCGCACACCAUGGCACUGCCGCCCACCGCCCUCACGCCUGCCGUCGCGGCAAGCCAGCCGCUCUUCUCGCCUCAUCCCCAAAAGCUGCGAGGCACGCCCUUCUGCAUAGCUGCGCCGACGCAGUGUGCACGGGGUUCCCCAGCGCUGCAGGCAGCAGGAGCACGGAGAGCAGUGAGGGCAGCAGCAGUGUCCGAGAGUGAGAAUGGGGCGCUGCCACAGGCAGGCCAGCAGCAGCAGGGGCAGGAAGGGCAGGAAGGGCAGGAGGAGCAGGGCGUGGACCCAGUGUUGGAGGAGGCGAGGCGCCGCAAGGCGGAGUGGCAGGCGCCGGCGCCGAGCCGCGUGGAGACCAUUCUGGACGUGCUGUUUGUGUUCGGCGGUCUGCUGGACCGCCCCUUCGGGUCGGGGCAGAGCAUAGCGGCGGCGGGCCGCGUGGUGCUGGCGCGCAUUGAGCAGGAGAUGGACGCACUGCGGUGCGAGGACGAGGGGGGCGCUGCUGCUGCUGCUGCUAUGCGCACGGGCGCUGCUGCUGUUCCGCGCUCUGGGCUGGAGGGCGUGGCAGCGGAUACAACGGAAGGGGAGGGCCAGGCAAGGAGAGGCGGGGCAGGUAACCGGCAGCAGGUGCUAUUUGAGUUGGUGCGCAUGGUGCAGCUGCUGGCGGUGGACGUGCAGAUGGUGGGCGCUGCUGUGAAGGAAGAGACGCUGCUCAAGCGCCUGGAGGAGGCCAAGAGCCACUGCCAGCUCGCCAUGCGUCUCGUGAAGAGCCUGUGACGAGUGGAGUGGCAGUGGAUGGGAAUUGAUUACAGCGCGUACACGGUUGACUUGUCCAUUGCACUGCUCGCGCACCGCAUCUCUCCUAGUGACUCCAUUUUCUGUGCCAAGGUGCGAGUUAUAAGCACUGGAUACCGUCUAGGCAGCACUGCUUGCCCUCAUUCAUGGAAUAUGUGAAUAAUAGAGUGCCAGCAGUGCC